UCUCUCAUCCCGUCUUCUCUCGGCAAAUGACGGCCGAGAAAGGGACGAGGAAAAUGACGGGGGGGAAGGGUAGGGCCGGCGCGGGGAAAGCACCGGAGAUGGUGACCAUGGAUCUGCUCGGCGGGUGCGGUGGUGACGCCGGCGGGGAGGACGAGGUCGUCGAACUGGAGGUCAAGGUGCCCGCCGGCAGGGAGAAACGGCUCGACCUUCUGUCGGGCAAGACAUUCUUGACUCCUCAUCGCCACCAGGCCGCCCAAGACGGCCACCAGGACCUCAACCUGCCUCCCACGGCAUCAACCACCGCCGCCGUCACCACCACCUCCGCUGCGUUCUGCACCCUCGACAUGGUCCGCUGCGCCCUAGAGCGCGCCGCCACAUCGCCGGCCACAUCGUCCUCCUCGUUGGGGUCCACCUCGUCCUCGUCCUCCUCCCUGGGAAAGCGCAGCCGCUCGCCGCCUUCAAGCACGGCGUCGCCCGCCGCGAACCCGGCCAUGCGCGCGUGCGCCUGCCCGUCCUGCUUCACAUACGUGCUCAUCACCGAGGCCGCCCCCUGGUGCCCACGGUGUGCAUCGAAGGUGCCGCCGCUCCCCAGUAAGCCCGUCGCACGCAGCAGCGGGAAGAAGCCCAUGAUUGACUUGAAUGCUGACCCCGAUGAGACCGAGUGAACAAGAUAAGCCUUCCCUUGGUUUAUAGGGUAGAAAAAUCAUAAAAAUAGAGAAAAUGAGAUGACAUAUACAAACCUAUGAAUAAGAAUAGAAAAGGAGAUAAUCUUUGAUUCACAUCAUAAGAUUUUUUUUCA